AUGAAGAAGGUCGAUCCUUCCCAUAAACUGUAUAGGCGAAUGAGGUUAUGGGAGUUUCCCGAUCGAUAUAUUGUGCAACCCAUUGAUGGUUCUUCUGGUUCUUGGUUAGCCGUGAGUCGUGAUGAUGGCUCCACGACUCUUGUCGAUGAGUUUGCGCAGUGUGCCAAGCAUUUUGUUCCCAAAUUUCAGCCAAUUUUCGGUGUUAUUGGGAUGCUAAAGCUAUUGGCAGGAUCAUAUUUAUUAGUUAUUAGUGAACGUAAAACCGUUGGAACUUACUUGGGGCAUCACAUCUUCAAAGUUGUGUCACUCAAAGUCCUCCCUUGUGAUCAAUCCUCAAGAAAUUCUUCUAAGCAAGAGAAAAAAAUGGAGUCUGAAUUUUCUAAUCUCUUAAAAGUUACAGAGAAGACUCCCGGCCUCUAUUUUUCAUAUGAUGUCAAUAUAACACUAAGUACCCAAUGUUUGAAUGAAUUGGAUGAUGAAUCAAAGUUGCUUCCACUCUGGAGACAAGCAGAUUCAAGGUUUCUAUGGAACACCUAUUUGUUGGAAGCUUUCGUAGAUAAGAAGCUUGAUCCUUACAUGCUUCCUAUUAUUCAAGGGUCUUUCCAAAGCUUUCAGUCGACCAUUGGUUUAGAUAUUAUAGAUGUCAUCCUGAUUGCACGGAGGUGCACUAGGAAAAAAGGGACUCGGCUGUGGAGAAGAGGAGCUGAUUCUGAUGGUUAUGUAGCAAAUUUUGUGGAAAGUGAACAAAUCAUACAGUUAAAAGGGUGUACCUCGUCAUUUGUGCAGGUCCGAGGGUCGAUACCCUUUCUUUGGGAACAAAGGGUUGGUUUGACAUUGAAGUCUAAGUUCAAAAUUUUGAGACAUGAGGAAGCGGCUCAAGUUGCUGAACGCCAUUUUCUGGGUUUAAGGAAGAAAUAUGGAAAUGUUUUAGCUAUUGAUCUUGUUAGCAAGCAUGGUGACGAGGGAAAGUUAAGUGAAAAGUUUGCCACCUCAGUGCAGAAUAUUGUUAGUGAUGAUAUGAGAUACUUGCACUUCGACUUCCAUGGCAUUUGUGGACAUGUUCAUUUUGAGCGCCUAUCUAUGCUUUAUGCAGAAAUUAAGGAUUUUCUGCAUAAAAAUAGUUGCUAUAUGUUAAGCGAAAAGGGUGAAAAGGUUGAAAGACAAGUUGGAAUUGUGCGCACAAAUUCUAUUGAUUGUCUAGACCGUACGAAUGUGACACAGAGCAUGAUUGGACGAAAAAUGUUGGAAUUCCAACUUGAAAGGCUUGGUGUUGUGGAGUUUACCACACAACCUGAUUUUGAAGACUGCUUCAAAACAAUUUGGGCUAAUCACGGGGAUGAUAUAAGCAUCCAUUAUUCGGGCACGCCUGCUUUGAAAGGAGAUUUUGUCAGAUUUGGUAAGAGGACUGUUCAGGGGAUUCUUAAAGAUGGCUGGAAUGCCUUAAUCUCCUAUUACCUCAACAAUCUUGUUGAUAAUACAAAACACGAUUAUAUUGAUCUAAUUAAUCCCGUCUCCCGUACAUCAAAACGAUGGAUUAAGGCCAUUGCGUCUUUUCGGCUUGUUUUAGCAGUCAUCACAAUGGUUUUCUUGUUCACAAUGUGGAUGCUGAUGUGA